CCCGGCGCGAGGAGAUAUUACAAUGGCGAGCGCUUCCGAAGGCGAACCGACUUCCGUGUGCAUGAAUGCGAUAUUCGCUGUGAAACCCGGUGGCGGUGGUUUGCCUCGGCUCGUGCAACCUGCCCGCUCGUCUCGGAUGUCUCGCCGAGGUGGGCGCGGCUGCCGAUGAGGCAAACAGCCCGAGAUCAUUCGGGGCAUAAAUAGCGGAGCGCUGCGGCACCUUGGAUCGUCGUCCGCAUCUGCCAUUUCAUUGCCGCUUGUGUUGCUUUAACGGCGUCCACUGAUCAAGCAUCGGAGAUGUCUCGCCUUUGUCUCGUGCUCUUGGUCGUCUUUGUCGCUGCGGUGGUCGUCAGCGCAGAUAGGCCCAAGUUCAACUUCAGACCGCGGCCCAGCCGUUUCCGCUAUGAAGUCAAUGCGCAAGCCGGAGGUCGCAAUCCGCACAACUUCCAGGGUGGCGCCGAGGUGCGUGGAGAGUACGACGUCUACCGUGCCAACAACGGUGCCAAAGUGGUUCUGGGCGGCGGCGUCUCCCAGGAUGUGCUUCGGCACGAAGGAAAGACGUACAAGGGCAAGCCGGAGGCCAACGUCGGCGUCGGAGUGGAGAUACCCAUUGGGAAAUGAAACACUGGGUCUUUAGCUAUCUUGAUUAAGUAAGAAAUAGCACCGCCGUGCCAAAGAUAUUGCUCACUCAGCGAGAUAUUUUGAUUGUACAUGUUGUAUAAUAUGACACAAGAAUAAAAUACAUGCCCAAACAAAA